UAAACAGAUUUAUUUGACACCAGCGUAUGAAUCAUGAGCCACUGUUCGAACAGCCUGGCUCCUGCUCGCAGCUUCGGCACAGUCUGCAGCCCACUGCAGCCCACUUCUUCUUUAACGCAGAUGUUCAGCAUGUUGGACACCGCUGCGGAGCAAAUGAUGGUCCACAAAGACUUCCGGGCAGCUUUUGAAACAUGCAACACAGGCCUGGAGAGUUGUGCCAACAUGGAGCAAGAGGACAGCAGAUGUGGAGAUGUUAAGGCUGGCUUCUGCAUCUUAGGGAUUCAAGCACUGGCUGAGCUGAAUCAGUGGCAUGGUGUCUUCUCCUGGGUCCUUCAGCAGUACGAGUACCAGGAGGAAAUACCAGCUAAAAUAAUGCAGAUGUGCAUACUUCUUUAUUCCAAGGUGGGAGAACCGGCCGCGAUGCAGGAGGCCGCCAGAGUUUGGUUGCACUGCCCAUCCAACAGCAGAGCAACGGGGUUCAGGACGGUGGCGGAGCUCUACCUCCUGCACGUCCUCGUGCCUCUUGGACACAGAGAUGAGGCCGUGGAGCUGAUCACCGGUGAGGUUGGAAGCGCCGCGUUCACCGAAGAACAGAAGCAGACGGCACUGGAUGUUGUCGAAGAAAAAGAGCAACAGGAUAAAGAACCGCCUCUAAAUCCCGCCAUCGAUCCAAACUCGGAGAUCACGGCACGGCCUGUCUCUACUCGAGGAUCUGUAAUGCGUAAACUUGAAGCCAUGCUCAGGUUUUUGUAUAGAAACGCGUUGAUGGUCGGCUCCGGCUCGUUCCCUCUCCGGAGAGUCUUUCUGGCGGCCGUUCUUCUCUACAUGCUUUCUUUACACAUGGAUCCAGCUCUUCCAUCUUCAUUCAUGUGGAUUUCUAAACUUCUCAAACUGCUCAGACAGAUGUGGACUACCAUGUUUGCGCCGUACUAUCAGGCUCUCACUCAGAAACAGUGAAGGACUGAACAUCACAACAUUUUUCCCGCAUCAUUUUUGAUUAAAUUUGACUUCUUUGUGUUGGUAAGAGAAUAUGGUUUAGUCCCUUUUUCAAAAAAUGUCAUCAAAUGAACACUAGAUAUAUUAAUUACUUAUUUUUACUCUGAAUAAAUACAUUUCCACCAAUUUUUACUGUUUUCUGAGUCAAAUCAUAAGUAUGCUUUUGUAUGAUUGUAAUGUACAACUGGCAUUUUUGUAUUAUUAUAUAUAGUAUUACAUAUUUUAAGAUGUUUUCAUU